UGGUAUACUUUGGUCUUUCUCGUCUUUGAGGUUUGUUUGUUUAUAUUCCCGAUUACUAGUUCAGAUUUUCAGCUGGUUGAAGAAAUCGGACCUUAUGACCAUGUCGCACGCUCCGGCUGUGCAGCAACAAUGCCGCUUGUGUCUUCACUACAACGAAACUGCUGACGAUUCAGAGUUGCUGACGGAUAUUUUCACCCCAGAUGAGUUGUCGGAAACUCCGAUGAUCGAUAAAAUUCGUGAUUGUUUAGGUAUAUUCAUCGCUCCGUCCGAUAGUGCGGUGCGAUUCGUGUGUUGCAAUUGCGCCCGAACGGUAGAACUAAUAGACGAGUUCCGAAUUCUCUGCCAUCAGACGGCAGAAGUGUACGACGCACUUCGAAUCAAACGCUCUACGGCGGAUGCAGAUAGUUGGCAACAGUACUGCACAGCUGUCAGCACACUUCGAACGUUUGUGCGCCAGCUACAGGGUGCGGUCAAUGAUGCACUGUGCAAAACUAAGGCCGAGGAGGAUGACGUUGAGGAACUCGAGGCUGAGAACAUGAACAAGAAUGAAAGGGUAACUGAGGAGGAGCUGGAACGUGCCCAUCUGCUGAGUAGUGGCUCUGAACCGAUGAUUGAUUUUGUGGUAGUCAAAGUUGAAGCCCUGGAGCCAAUAGAACCAGUGGCUGAUAUUGUCAACGAAAGCAACGAUAAUGAUCGUUUGACAAUAGCUUUGAAAAUAGGUAUUGCACAGGAAGUGAAACAGCGCCCGGAACUGUGGGAUAUUUCCUUUACCAGUUCGGCUCAAACGAUUAAUGAAAGCUGGACCGAGCUGGCAUGUAAAUUAGGAUUAGAUAUAGCGACUCUCAAACGCCAUUGGCGUCGCAUUCGAGAUGGCUACCGUGAGCUGCAGAGACGCGAGUCUCUUGGUGAUAGUCUGUUUCUUGAGGAUCCAACUACGGCCCAAUUGUUUUCACUCUGUAAACACAUGUUUGAUAGUGCUCCGAAACAAACAGUGCCGCGACGCGAGCAGUCUAAAUUAGAGGAAAGCGCUAACGAGGCAGCGUCUGCAGGGGAAUACCAGAAGAUGGCUCAUUUGCGGGUAAUUUACAAGCAUCCGGUUCUGUGGAACGUCAAGCAUAUAGACUACCACAGCCGAGAGGCGCGUGAGAACGCUUGGGAUCUAAUUGGCGAAGAACUGAAUAUUUCUGCUAAGGAUGCCAAACGCAGCUGGAGAAAUAUGCGGGGCAAGUAUCGGCUUCGGGUUAGACGCUUAGCAGGAAGUAAAAUAUCCAAGGAGGAUUUUCUUAUUAAUCAGCCUCUGUACAAGAUAUUGGACGAAAUGCUGAGUUGUGUCCCCGCUCGAGGCAGUCCGAAAGAACCCAAGGUCGAUGCAAGUCACAGUGAGCAGGAUGCAGUGACGGGUGUUUCCUAUAAAGUGUUCGAGAACGAUAAACGAUUGCAGUUUGCCCAGAUCUGCUAUGGGCACGAAAUCUUGUGGAAUAACCAGCAUCCGGAUUACAAUGUUGGCGCGAAAAAGGAUAAAGUUUGGGAUGAAAUCGCAGUACAGAUGGAGGUAACGCGGGCCGAAACACGAUACCAGUGGAGUCGCUUGCGAGGAGUUUAUCGAAGACGCCGUUUACGGCUACUGGAUGGUACGAUUGCCAUGGACGAUCCUAUUUUGAAUGAUCCUCUGUACAAACUGUUGGACGAUAUGCUAGGUGAGAGCAUGCAAAUUGGCAAGAAAAGUGGAGUUUUGAUGUCGGCGCAACAACACGCUAGUGGACCAAGUCACAGUGAGCCGGAUGCAGCGACGGGUGUUUCCUAUAAAGUGUUCGAGAACGAUAAACGAUUGCAGUUAGCCCAGAUCUGCUAUGAGCACGAAAUCUUGUGGAAUAACCAGCAUCCGGAUUACAAUGUUGGCGCGAAAAAUGAUAAAGUUUGGGAUGAAAUUGCACUACAGAUGGAGGUAACGCGGGCCGAAGCACGAUACCAGUGGAGUCGCUUGCGGGGAGUUUAUCGAGGACGCCGUUUACGGCUACUGGAUGGUACGAUUGCCAUGGACGAUCCUAUGUUGAAUGAUCCUCUGUACAAACUUUUGGAGGAUAUGCUAGGUGAGAGCAUGCAAAUCGGUAAGAACAGUGGAGCUUUAUUGUCGGCCCAACAACACUCUGGUGGACCCUUUCAAAGCAUAGAACAGCAAAUAGAAUUGCUUGAAGAAAUUGCUAAACAUGAGAUCCUUUGGAAUCCAAAUCAUCCCGACCACUUCAGAACGGAAAUGCGCACUGCGGCUUGGAAAAAAGUUGCCGCAAAAUUUAAUGUUAAUCCACUAGCCGUGAAAACAGAAUGGAAACGUUUGAAAGAUGUACACGUCUCCCGGGAAGAUCAAGCGCAGGAUGCGGAUACCAAACGACUGCUAGUACUAUUACAAAGAUUACUGCCACCCGCGGAGAAACCAUCCGUGACAGUAGAGCGAAGACCCGACGAGAGCAAGCGGAGGAAGCCAAGAGUUGGCGCUGAAUCGAAGCGACGAUUCCAUGGCAAGAAAACCUACGAUAGUGUGGGAUGCGUCAAAAUAGAUCGUAACGGUACCAUGCGGCAUCACAAAAUCUGUGAGCUGUGCGGCAAGCCGGUCGAGCGGUCAAUGUUCGAGUACCACAUGAAUCAACACAAUGGCGUUCGACCGUACGCGUGCUCCUUCGAGGGUUGUGAUAAGCGGUACAGCAACAAGAUCACUCGCGAUCGCCACGAGGUGAUACUGCACGGGGACGAUGGCUUCAAAUUCGACUGCGAUCAGUGCGGAGCAAAGUUCAAACAGAGGGCCAAGUUCGAGUUACACUAUGCCGUCAAGCACAAGAGUGAAGAAGUUCCGUGUAAUAUUUGUGGAAAAUUACUUAAACAUCGGCAUCUCCUGCGAAAACAUAUCGAGCUGCAUACAAGCAGUUUUACGUGCAAAGUGUGCGGCAAAGCGCUGCAGAAGAAAUGGUCAUUGAAGGUGCACAUGCGAGUUCACACCCAGGAAAAGCCGUAUCCCUGUGAACUAUGCGAGCUGCGCUUCAUGUUGAAGGUGCAAAUGAAAACGCAUUUGCUCAAAGUGCACGGAGUUCUACUGGAAGAUAUUGAAGCAGCUAAGGCUAAUCUUGCAGGCACAGUUUAGGGCGGUAAAACGAACUUGAUUGGUGUUACGAGUUACUGGCGAAACAAAUUUAAAAACAAUUCCAUAGACAUAAGUUUGUUUCGAAUAAACGAUUUGUUUUCAGA